GAAAACAAACAUUUAGCGCGAUGGUGAAUACAAUGACAGAAACAUGUGAGAUUUGUUUGUAGACAGUAUUAUGCUCCUCUUGUAGACCUGGCGGUCAAGGAUAAUACGCCUACUACAUACAUUUCUUGUAUUUCUAGGCUCUCCCCCUCAACUAAGGUAGGCGAGCCCAUUGAUUGUGCGAAAUCCUUUGAGGAUUACCAUAUAAUGCAGUUGUUGCAUUUGUUCUGUAAAAAAAAUUAGUUCUGGAAGUUGCAGUAAGUUCUUUGGUGAGGGAACGAAUCGUGGCCGUGCGGACUUAUUCAAUAGAGUAUAGCCUAGGGUAGGAAGUUGCGGGCUAGCAGCAGAGGAGCCUCGCUAAUUAAUUGACACCGACAGUGGCCGUAUCAUCCACCUCGCUGUCAAUGUUGAAGAUUGAUUUGUGCCAAUCUCAUCUGUCCACUGCAACAGUUCUAUGCUUUCACAUUGUUAUUUUUACAAGAGUCUUGGCAUAGCAAACUUUAUCACCAUGAAUUUUUUAUAUAUAUUUAUAUUUGUGUUACCACUUAUCAAUGCGGACACACGGCUGAUAAGAACUGAUAGGGAAGAUAUGGUAGUAGUUGAAUUUAAUACUACAAAUAAAAAACAUGGAAUUACAUGGGCAUAUGAUAAUUGGGAGAAAUGCUCAUUUCAAACACACGAUAAGUGCGGUAAAACACGUAACGUUGCAUGCAUUAGUUUUUCCAAGCGUGAGAAUUUGGCGUCUCUUGUAUCGCCUGAAUUUUGCAGCAGUCUCCAAAAGCCAGUGGACAGCAGCAUUUGUAAAACGUGUUCUCAAGAUUGCGUAAUGACCACAUGGAUACCGUGGUCAGACUGUAGUACUACGUGUAAAUCUGCAACAAGGUAUCGCACAAGGACUUUGGUUCAGGAGCCUACAAAUGGUGGAAAAAAAUGUGGGCCGUUGUCUGAAAUUGUCCAGUGUAGAGGCUUACCAGAAUGUGUUAAUAAUCAUGUAAUAACCGUUUACCAUUGGAAAAUAAAUGAAUGGACAAGUUGUAGAAAGACAAAAUCCAUUCCGGUUAAUGCCAGAUGCAGUGAGCGUUUGGGAGAACGAAUACGAUUGGUGGAAUGUGUGGAUGACCAGGGACAAUCAGUGUCAACUGAAAACUGCAUCUAUCGACUGUCAGAAGGACAAUUUUGCUGUUAUGUAUCAACAAAACCCUUUUUGGUCAGGGUGAUAGAUCGAGGACCAUGUGGGCGGGCCCCUUUUUGGCCCCUUUUUGGGGCUGCGGACCGCAGCAGGAGAGCGCAUAGGCCUUAAGCCACUGGGAGUUGGAUUCGUCGUACAACCGUCAUAGAACGUAAUGAGUGUCUGGCUUUAGCCUUCACAAGCAUUGGAUCAAGUAAUGGUUAGAUAGAGAUUAGUGUUUACUCUUGUAGACUUGAAUAGUACGUUUACACUGUAAGACUUGAAUAGUACAUUUACAACACAGCAUGCCUUUAGUAAUGUUUGUUUAGUACUGUGUAUAACUCUUCUCAAUUUGUAUGACAGUGAUAAUAAUUGUUUUAUUUUUAUAGUACAUAUGGCACUGAAUGACUCCAGCUUUUUAUGAAAAAAGGGGAACAAAACAUGGAAUGCUCGAGAAUGGAUUAUAAUAAUAUUAUCAUCCACUCUCGAGCAUUUCUAUGUUAUUUACUAUAAAAAUAUUUACAUACUACAUUUUGUAAAUAAUUGUAAAUUAUAAUAAUGUGCUAUUUAUAUAGCAUAUUAAACUGUAGACCUACUCAACUGUAUGCACAUAGAUUAAAGGGAAAAAACAAAUU